AUGCCAACUCAUCGUUUAUUUCUUUUUCAGAAGUAUACUUUCGAAGCCAUUAAUGUCGAAGAACUGCAAAGAACUAUUCAACAACAAAAAUCACAAAUUGAAAGUUUUCAUUUGGAACAUCAAGAGAUGGAAGUUAACUUUCAAGAAGAACGACUUCGUCUAGAGAAAGAAUACAAUUUUGUUAAAAUUAGAGUUACUCAAAUACAAAGUGAACUAGAUACUUCUAAUAGUCUGUACAAUGAAGUUCGAACUGAACGUGAUGAAGCACGAUUGAUUAUUGAAGAACAACAAAAUAAAUUUGAUACUCUUCAUCAAAAUACGCAAGACCAAAUAACUCAAUAUAUGAAAGAAAGAGACACGUUAAUUGAUCAAUUAGAAAUUCUACAACUUCACCGACAAACAUUCGAAGAUCAAUUAGAAGAAAAUGAAAAGAAAUUCAUCAGAAUGACAAAAAUCAAUGAUGAAUUGACAUCGAAAUUAUCUGUUUAUGAAAACCGUUUUCAUGAUUAUGAAGACGAAAGGAAAAAAUAUCAAAGUGAACUUACUAUACUUCAGCGUGAAGUUGAAAAUUCAAAGAUGCAGCGUGACGAUAUGCUUCUACAAAUUGAUGAAUGGAGACGUAAAUAUGAAACAGAAGUACAUGAAUGCAGAGGUCUUGACCACGACAAACGUAGCUUGCUAGCAGAUCUUCAAUUGUUAACAGAAGAAAAUGCUACUCUCAAACAUGAAUUAGAUAAUAUUGCCAUUCGAAUUCGUGUUGAACUUCUUCAAGAAUAUGAAAGUGAUUAUGUUGAUCGUUAUAGUAAAUUAAGCGAAGCUACGCAAAAUGAAAUCGACAGUCUUAUGAUAGAAAAACAGACUGCUGAGACUGAAAUUGUAACAAAGAGUCUUACAAUUACUAAUCUUGAAAGUCAAUUGCAGAAAGUUCAACAUGAUUUACACAAAGCACAUGAAGUGAUGCAAAAUUAUGAAGUCGAUAUUGGUCAUUUCAGAGAAGAUCUCAAUAGAGCAGAAGAAGCAAAUCGAGCUAUUAAACAUGAAAUAUCAAAGCAAUAUACAAGUCAAUUAAAUACACAAAAUGAUCGGAUCAAAAAAUUCGAAAGUCAAAAUAAAAUCUACGAAACACAAAUCAACCAGUACAAACACGAGCUUGAAGCCUAUUCAGAUAAUAUCUAUCAACUUGAACAAGAACUUGCUCAAAGAAAUAUUUUCAUUCAAAAACUUCAAGCCGAUCCUUCUCCUGUUGAUAAUUCACGAACAGAUUUUCAAAUAAAAUUAAACAUUCGCUACCAACAAUUGGAAGAAGAGAUUCAAACAUACCGUGAUAGCCUACAAGAGAAAGAGCAACAAAUCGAACAGCUUCGUCAAGAAAUCAAACCAGUUGAUAAUUCACAUAGUGGUACUAUCGAAGCAUUACAGCAGGACAUUUCAUACCGCCAACGAUUACUUGAUGAAAAAACAUCAAUUAUUAAUGAACAUCAACAUCAUAUCAGUGAAUUAAAAGUAACGAUUCAAGAUUAUGAACGUAGAGUUAGUAAAGUACAGGAACAAUUACAACACGCUGAACAAACAAAUUAUACACAACAACUUGAAAUUGAUGAUCUCGUACAAAAAUAUAAUUCUUUGAAUAUUAAUUUUACAAGCAUUCUUCAAGAUAACGAAAUUUAUUUGAAUCAAAUAAAAGAUUUAGAAAUGGAAAGAAAAAGCGGCGGUGGAUGUUCAUUUGAACAGCGUGAACAUUAUCAAAGUAUCAUCGAUGCGCUAAACGAAAAAUUCGAAAAAGAAAAACCAAUUCAGAAAGAAAAUCAAUCUACUACUAAAGAUGAAAUCAUGGAUGGCAAGCUCAAAUCUGAUUUAGAAAAUCGUGAUCGAUUAAUUGCAACAUUACAACAAACAAUAUUGGAUAAAGAUCGAGAGAUCAAUAAACUAUGUGAAGUUAAUGAUUACAAUCAAAAAAAACUAAAAGAAUUUGAUAGAAGAUUUACUGCUGAAUCAACUUCUGACACAGUGUAUUCCAGUCGACCUGCACUCACAAAUGUAUCAUUACAAGUCGACAUGCAGAAAAAAGAGCGAGAAAUAGAGGAUCUAAGAAAUCAAUUGAAAGAUCUACAAAGAGGAAAUAAAAUGCCCAGUACAACAACUGUUAUUCAUAGAUCAAAAACUCGUGUAAGUUCUAAUAUUGAUCAGUUAAAUCGUGAAGAACUUUUAUAUGAGCUUGAUGUUGCUUUACAACAUAUUGAAACUUUAAAUGAACAACUGAAAAACAAAAAUCCUUCCCUUACGGAAUUACACAAACAAUCAGUCGAAGUUCGAGAUGAACUUACGCGUCAAAAAUAUGUUUGUCAAGUUUUAUGGCGUAAACUCGAUGCAUUAAUCGAUAUUCAUGGUUCAAACACACGAGCUGAAUUAGCUAUUGAAUUAGCCGAUUAUAAGGAUGAGUUGGGUAAAUUAAAAACUCAACAAAGUCGUGCUAACGAUUCUCGUCCAGCUAAAUUCAAUAAUAAUUCAAGAUCAUCAUCAGAACAAAAUCUUAGCGCAUUACAUAACGGUUUAUCAUCAAUCGGCACGGAGUAUCCAACGAAAAAUAUUAAAUCCACGAUAGCAUUAUUGGAACAUUCAAAUAUCGAAUGGCAAACGAAAUUAGCACGCCUUACAGAACAACUUGGUCGAAGUGAACAUCAAUCGAGAAAUUAUCAUCGAGAAUUAAAUAAAUAUCAAAAGAUGCUCUACGAAGCUGGUUUAAUAGAAUUAUCUGUUCGACAGCGUCGACGUAGCGCCGAUGAUUCAAUUAUAAUCGGUCACAUGGAUUUAAAUAAAAGAAGUGAUGAUCUCACCGAGAUCAGAAAUAUCGAUGAACUUAAAGAAAUGAUUCAUAAUCAACGUAAAUUUAUUCAACAACUGCAAAUGCGUGUUCGAAUUAAGACAUCAGAUAUAAUUCAAUCACCAACAAUAGACAAACUUAAUCAACAAAUACAGAAUCUCAAUCUUGUUAUUGACACAUACCAAUCUGAAUCAAAUUUACUUAAAAAUGAACUUAAAAAACUCUAUAAAACAAUUGAGCAUAAUAGAAAAAUGCAACAAAACUAUGAAAAAGUUCUUCAAGAACAACAGAUUUCUGUUGAACAAGCCAAAAAACAAUUAAAAAGAUACGAACAGAUGUUCAAAAAAUACGAUACUCAUUUGCCCAUAUUCGAUGAAAGAAAACAACAUUUAAUUGAUCCGAUUGAUGACUAUGUUAUUAAUUUAGAUAUUGAUGUACUACAAGAAAGUGAAACGAAAAAAAAAACAUCAUUGGCUAAAAAAGAUAGUGCAUUGAGUAGCGCAACAGAUACCAAUGAAUUUCAACGACAGAUUCAGGAAAAAGAAGAUCAAUUCCAAAAAUUAAAUGCUGAUUUCAAUAAGAGAGGUGAACAAAUUAAAGAACUUACGCUUAAAAUUAACAAUUUGGAACGAGUAAAUACAGACGCUGAACGUUAUCGUAGUGAAUGUGAUCAAAUUCGUCAAGAAUUAACUAGCGGAAUUCUUCAAAUGGACAAUGAAUUAAAACAAGCACGUUUACAGAUUGAUUCUCUCAAAUCAUACCAACUGCGAUAUGAGAAAGUCGAAGACAAUAAUCGACAAUUAACUGCUGAAAUAAAACGUUUGCAACAAGAAAUCGAACGUGGGGAAUCUGCUAAGAGUCAUUAUAAAAGUGAAUUUGAAAUAUUGGAACGAAAACUUCAUAACUCUGGUAACACAACUGAAAUCGCCGUUGGAAAAAGUGAAUUAGCUCAAUUAUUAGAAGCAAUACGUCUUCUUCGUCUUGAUCUUGAAGUUAGUAUGGAAAAACAAAAAGAAUUACAAGCAAGAUUAGAUGAAAGCCUACGUCGAUCAAGAACACCACGUGAAUUUACAUUCUCUGGUCGUGGAGUUUCAUAUCCUGACCUACGUAUCAUUGAUACUUCUGGUUUAGUUGGAGCUGAGAAUAUAUCAUCAUCAACACUGAUUGACGAACAUCGUAUAAGACCUAUAGGUUCAUCUUCUGUUGAAUUUGAUCAGGUUGAAUUUCGACAACAAUAUGUUGGAGAAACUGAACAACGAAUUCCUACACAACGAUAUAUUAUUGGUGAAAUUCAAGCUCAUAAUGAACUUCGCCAAUUGAUACAGGAUAUUAAAUUUGAUUUGAAGGCAAUUUUUCCUGAAUUAAAAGAAAAACUUGGUGAAAAAAUGAAUUCAUCACUUACUGAUUUAACAAUACGGUCAUUUGAAGAACGUUUCAAGUCAAUAGAUGAACGUUUAACACAUAUUCUUGAUUUAAUUGAAGCAUACUGGCAACAUGAUCUACCAGAGAAAAAUCAAUAUAAUGAACAUAUCUUUGUCGAUUAUCGUCUUGCUGAAGAAAAUAAACGUCUUUUAUGGCAUCAAAAGAAAUAUGUCCAAGAUAUUCAAACUCUAAAACAAAAAUAUCGAGAACAAUCCAGUCAUUUAGAUCAACUACUCGCUCAAUUGACGAAAGCAAAUCGUAGAAAAGCCGACACAGGCGAAUGUUUGGCAUUGUUACUCCGACCGACGUUAGAUGUUCUUCAAAAAGCUCGCACGAAUAUCGAACAUCAUUUAAAAGAGUCCAAUACAAAUACAAACCCACCUGGUAGUGCUCAAUCAUCACAUCGUCGUCAUCGUACUAAUCGUAAAGACUAG